AUGACGUGUUCGGUAUGGCUGAAGCAAGUUUGGAUCGACAAGAAGCUCUCAUGGGAUCCAAAGAGUUAUGGUGGUGUGAGCGUCCUCUAUGUGCCUUAUGAAAUGAUUUGGGUACCUGAUAUUGUGCUAUAUAACAAUGCGGACAGUAACUAUAAUAUUACAAUUUCAACGAAAGCUACGCUCCAUUAUUCCGGUGAAGUCACAUGGGAACCACCGGCCAUUUUCAAAAGUAUGUGCCAGAUUGAUGUCAGAUGGUUUCCAUUUGACGAGCAGCAAUGUCAUUUGAAGUUUGGCUCGUGGACUUACUCAGAGAACUUGCUCAAUUUGGAGCUUUUGGAGAAUAACGUACGUUAUGAAGAAGAAGUGAACGAGCAAGGCAUCGCCGACAAUAUCACUAUAGCUGACGAUGGAAUCGAUCUGUCCGAUUACUAUCCAUCAGUCGAAUGGGACAUAAUGUCGAGAGUGGCUCGUCGACGAUCGAAAAACUAUCCGAGCUGUUGCCCUCAGAGCGCAUAUAUUGAUAUUAUGUAUUACCUGGAACUUCGACGUAAACCGCUCUUCUAUACGGUGAACCUCGUGUUCCCAUGUGUCGGCAUAUCAUUUCUCACAAUUCUUGUUUUCUAUCUGCCAUCUGAUUCUGGUGAAAAAGUUACUCUAUGUAUUUCUAUACUUGUAGCAUUGACUAUCUUCUUCUUGUUGUUGACUGAAAUCAUUCCUGCGACCUCAAUAACGCUACCAUUAAUCGGGAAGUACCUUCUAUUUACCAUGGUUAUGGUAACACUCAGCGUCGUUGUUACUGUUAUUUCGCUAAAUUUGCAUUUUCGAACGCCUACCACCCACUUGAUGCCCAGAUGGGUAAAGCUGGUAUUUCUCAAAUGGUUGCCGAAAAUUCUAUUUAUGAGGCGGCCAUCUGAUGACGGUGAUGAAGCGUUCAAAAGAGUCAGCUCGAGAAAAGGAAUCGGACCAACAACGCUGGAUGGUAAAAUUCCUCUGAAUCUUCACGAACACCGAGUGGUAAAAGCAUUUGAAAAUAUUUGUUUCAUCGCCGAAUUGCUCAAGAAGAAGGAUCGAGACGACAAGAUCGACGAGGACUGGAAGUACGUGGCAAUGGUGCUGGAUCGAUUGUUUCUGUUGAUCUUUUCGUUUGCAUGUUUCAUCGGUACUGUACUCAUCUUACUGCAGGCCCCAACUCUCUACGAUGAUCGCAAACCGAUAGAUUUACAGUAUCGUCCUGCCAAUUUGAGUGCCCUUGUUUAA